AUGUCUACCUUACUCAUUGUUCUCUAUGUUACAGCAACUGCCAUUGUUUUGGCCCUCAGUCGCCCGGCUCUUCAGAAAUUCGCCCGGUUGACGGACUAUAAUCAGCUCCCGAACACGUUUUACCACGAUGAUGACGACGACGACGAUGAUGGAGAGGCCGGCCAUGACUUUCGACAAGAAAAAACAUCCCAAAUCACCAGCAAACUUGUGAUAUUCUUGGCGACCACUCAUACCAUACUGGCAAUACUGAAACCGUGGAUCUUCUUGGCACAAGUUCAACCUUCGCUCGUUCGAGAUGGGUUAGCCCUUCUCAAUGGAUUAGCCUUGGUGACCCAAGCCCUGUCAAUGCACGCGGAGGCUGAUAUAACUGCUCGGUAUCGACUCGGACUUAGAGGAGCCUGGAGCUGGCUGGUGACGGGACUCUCUUGCCUUAUGAGCAUAGAUGAGGAAUUAAGCUAUGAUGAGAUCUCUGUUGCAGGAUGGGGGUUUGGGGUCUUCUCGACGCUGGUGAUAUUGUCAGGACUUGGAGGAAAUAUUUCUUUCCCGCGACGACCCCAGACAUUUCGGGGUCGCAAACCGGUUGAUGGACAGUUUACCACCAGUAUUUUGAGUCGGAUUACAUUUUCUUGGGCCAGAGACGUGAUGCCCAUUGUGAAGGGCAAGGGAAAUAAGUUUGUCGUUGACGACCUACCAGAAAUGGCCAAUCAAGCGCGCGCAGAAACGCUGCUAGACUCUUUCAGACAAGCCAGAUCCACCGGUGUUUCUCUCUGGUGGACACUUAUUCGCCUACACCGCGGCGUCCUCAUACAACAAAUGAGCUUGACAGUCGUUGUUUGCUUCCUCAGCAUCGUACCCUCACUUGCCCUCUUCGAGAUCCUUCAGGCCUUGGAAACAUGGACGGAUGGCACUCCUAAUACUCGAUUGUGGAUGAAUGUGGCGCUCCUGGCUUUGGGAGUCCUGUUAUCUUCCACACUGGACACCUGGAAAGUGUGGUUCUCGUUCAACUGUCUAUCUCUGCAAACCUUCGAGCAGCUUUCUCUAGCGGUAUUUGAGAAGUCGAUGUUUCUACCCACUACAGGCACCUUCUCGGGCCCUGAUGCAGCUGAGCAAGGCACCGGACAUUGCCUGAACCUGAUCGCGAUGGACGCAAAAUAUGUUGCUGAUUGUGUCUGUUUCAGCUAUGUACUGUACAAAGCACCACUGCAGCUAGCCAUCUCCGGCAUCUAUUUGGCGCACUUGCUAGGAUGGCAAAGCCUCGUAGCCGGUGCUAUGGUGUUGGCCUUGAUGACCCCGGUCAAUGUACACGCAGCUCGGAAGUACACUUUAUCGCAACAAAGCUUGAUGGUGGCCCGUGACCGUAAAAUGCAAGUCCUCAGCGAGGUCCUUCAAUUAAUUCGCCAGAUCAAAUUCUCAGCCCAAGAGACUCGAUGGGAGGAAAUCAUUGGACAGAGCAGGGAAGAGGAACUUCAUGCGCAGUGGUCAGCGUUUCGCUGGCACAUUUCGCAGUUGGCCGUCUAUUUGACCACCCCUGUGAUCUUAUCAGUCGUCUGUCUGGGGACUCACGCGCUGAUGUACCAGACCUUGUCUGCUCCUACUGCGUUUUCCGCCAUUGCAGUUCUAAACUCCAUCGAAAUUGUCAUGUACGCCUUGCCAGAUUGUGUGGCGCGGACGGCCACCGGCCUAAAUAGCAUGAAGCGCAUUCGGCACCAUUUAGAGUCCCGUGAGAACAAUUCCCGAACAGAUUCGGCCGCAGCAGUUGAAUUCUCGAAUGCUACCUUGGGCUGGACUGGUACCCUUCCGGGACAAGCGGUUGAUUCCAUUCUCCACGGAGUGACUCUGUGUUUCCCUCCAUCAAAACUCAGCUUAGUGACGGGGCCUACUGGAUGUGGCAAGAGUCUCCUCCUUGCAUCUAUUCUGGAGGAGUCUACGUUACUUGGUGGUAAUAUACGCGGUCCUAGAGACGGCAAGUAUGCCUAUGUUGCCCAAGUCCCUUGGUUAGAGAAUACCUCCAUAAGGAACAAUAUUCUAUUCGGCAACUCGCUGGACAUCAGCAGAUAUAACGAUGUUCUUUUUGCAUGUGCUCUUCAUCAAGAUCUCACUUUGUUCCCUGACGGAGAUGCAACAGAAGUUGGUCCGAAUGGUGUCAACUUGAGCGGCGGGCAAAAGUGGCGGCUCUCUCUUGCCCGUGCCCUUUACUCCCCGGCCAAUAUACUAGUCAUGGACGACAUAUUCAGCGCUGUUGAUGUACAUACUGCUAGUCAUUUGUACACUCAUGCGCUCACAGGACUCCUUGCUAAGGAACGGACGCGCAUUCUCGUCACACAUCAUAUUUCUCUGUGUCUUCCGCAAACUGACUACAUUGUUUCUUUGAACAAUGGCUCAGUACAGUACGCAGGACCAGUGGUGGCUGGCUUUGGUGCAGGCAGUAAAGAAGUUGCUGAGACAAACAAAGAUGGUCUGUGUUUAGAGAAAGAUGGCCAACCUGAUAUAGCAGAGAUGUCGGGUGAUCAGGAUGUCAAUGCUCAGGCACCCGAUAGCUCACCCUCGCAAUUCGUGGAAGAUGAAAAACGUCAAGAGGGCUCAAUGCAAUGGACGGUUUGGAAGGCCUACUUUACAAUGGGGGGCAGCGUUCUCCCUUGGACCUGGGUGAUGAUCACCUUCGGUGGAUAUAGCAUACUGCUGACGGCCCGGACCUGGUGGCUCCACAUCUGGAGUAAUCACGAGAGUGACCACGGGACAGGGGUAUACGUUGGCCUGGGAGCCUUUGCUUGCCUAAUCGGCACGGCACGGAGUUACCUUGCUCUAAAGACCUCUCUUUUUGUUGCAAAGAGCCUAUUCAGUGGAUUGCUGCAUACCAUUCUUCACACCCCUCUCCGCUGGCUAGAUGUUGUGCCACCGGGUCGUAUUAUGAAUCGUUUUAUUGUGGACAACAUGGUAGUGGAUUCUCUCCUGGGAGAUGACAUUCAAUCUACCCUUGCCAAUGCUUUCGAUAUGGCUCUAGCUAUUCUAGCCGGCAGCCUAGUGAGCCCUUGGCUCAUGCUACCAGCUACGAUCCUCUGCAUCAUAUGUGUAAUCUAUGGCCGACUCUAUCUCAAUACCGCGCGAGAGAUAAGAAGGCUCGAAAGCGUCUUGAAAAGCUCUAUAUUUGAGCAAGCUAGAUCCGCGCUCUCCGGGCUCUGGACAAUUCGUGCUGAAGACAAGACAGCAGUAUACGUCAGCAAAGUCACAGAAGGCAUUGACAAGUACGCUCGGGCAUACUGGCAGCUCUGGCUCUUGAACUGCUGGCUUGCCUUCCGCAUGGAUGUCUUGGGCGCUGUAUUUGCCAUUGUUGCGAGUAUAUUAGUUGUUUCAUCCCCUUCGGUGAACGCCUCGCUGGCUGGCUUUGCCAUCAGCUUUGCGCUGAAGAUGGCUCAGUCCAUGUCGCUGACUGUCCGCCGAUAUGCAGGCCUUGAACUGAGCAUGAACAGUGUGGAGCGUAUCCUGGAGUACUCGGAGGUACCUACCGAGCCAAUUCACAGUGGAGACAACGUACCUACCCUCUGGCCCAGCCACGGAUGCGUCCAAGUGUCGAAGCUCUCAGUGAGCUACGCCGCUGAUCUUCCCCCGGCUCUUCACGACAUUAGCUUCUCCAUAAACUCGGCAGAACGAAUAGGUGUGGUGGGCCGUACGGGGUCUGGAAAGUCUUCUCUCAUCCUAGCUCUGUUCCGUUUUCUUGAAGCAAGCGAGGGUAGCAUUGUGAUUGAUGGUCUCGAUAUCUCGAUUCUCAAUUUGCAACAACUGCGCGCACGACUGGCGAUCGUUCCGCAAAAUCCGGCCGUUUUCUCGGGUACUGUGCGCACAAAUCUGGAUCCUUUCAGACAGCACUCUGACGACGAGCUUCUGGUUGCGUUACGUGAUGUGCAGUGGGACGAGGACCUGUUCGUCUCCUCCACUAGCCCAGUCAAAGAUGACGAUUUGGUAUCGGACAAUGAAUUCCAGAGCGCUGAUGAUGAUGCAAACGAGUCAUCUAUCCCUUUGAUCAUGAUGCAGCAUACAACCUCCGCACAGCACUCAACUACUGCUCCCUCCCUGCUCGACUACCCCAUUGCAGCGGACGGCGAAAAUCUUUCCCAAGGCCGAAGACAACUACUGUGUUUGGCUCGCGCAAUUCUGCAACGACCGAAACUCUUGGUCCUUGACGAGGCCACAUCAGGAAUUGAUCAGGAGACUGAUCGGAAGGUUCAAGCGUCUAUCCGCCGUAUUUCGAAGUUAAACUCGAUGAGUCUUUUGGUAGUGGCCCAUCGAUUGAGCACAGUCGUCGACUUUGAUCGUAUCCUUGUUUUGAGUGGUGGACGUGUUGCCGAAUUCGGGAAUCCCCAAGAACUCAUGCAACGGCCUGCCGGGGUUUUCCGUGCCAUGAUGAUGGAACAUGAUGGAGAGCAGUUGAAACGCCAA